AUGUAUGAGAAGAAACGAAAGCAAACUCUUGUUGAAAAGUAUCCACUUGUAUUUACUGCCUCUUCAUUGAAUAUGAUUUAUUAUGUUAUCACUGCCUUGAGGGUAGGAAGAGCCAGAUCAAAAUAUGGUGUUUUUGCUCCUGCUGUUUCAGGUCAUCCUGAAUUUGAAAAAGCUUUAAGAAUUCAAAUGAAUGGUCUUGAAUAUCUACCAGUUGUCAUAACCUCCAUGUGGUCAACUGCUUUAAUAACUCAAAAUGAUGUCUUGGCAGGUGGCAUGGGAUUAACCUAUCUCUCUGGAAGAAUAUUAUAUGGAAUAACAUAUCCAGAUAAAAGAAGAGCUGGAUUCUUGACACUCUUCUUCUCAAUGCUAGGCUUGUUGGGAAUUACAACUUUUUAUUCAGUUGAUGGACUUGUUAAAAAGUAUUCGAAUAAAUUAAAAUAA